UGUAAAUAUAUUCGAGAUUAAUUGCAACAAAUACGUGGUCAAGUAUGAUUAAAAACAAGAGCUACAAAAAUGCUGUUAUGACGGUGUCCGCUCCACCGGUUUUAACUAAGCGACUGUUGUGGACAAAACUUGAGAUUGACAACUCUGAAACGCAGUCACAACCGAAAUUAUUAUUAAGUAGGAUGCCUAACAUUAAAGUGUUUAGCGGGACUUCGCAUCCUGACUUAGCCCAAAGAAUAGUUGAUCGACUUGGCAUUGAUUUAGGGAAGGUCGUCACUAAAAAAUUUAGUAACUUGGAAACAUGUGUUGAAAUAGGUGAAUCAGUCCGAGGAGAAGAUGUAUACAUUGUACAGUCAGGUAGUGGUGAAGUUAAUGACAACUUAAUGGAAUUACUUAUUAUGAUCAAUGCUUGUAAAAUUGCCAGUGCCAGUAGGGUAACAGCUGUUAUUCCUUGUUUUCCAUAUGCCCGACAAGAUAAGAAAGAUAAGGGAACUAAUAAUGAUGACAAAGAAAGGCUUAUAGAAAAAUGGAAAUCAAUUGAAUGGAAAUACAGGAGCAGAGCCCCAAUUUCGGCAAAAUUGGUGGCGAAUAUGUUGUCGGUGGCUGGAGCGGAUCACAUCAUAACUAUGGACCUGCACGCUUCCCAGAUCCAGGGAUUUUUCGAUAUACCAGUGGAUAAUUUAUAUGCAGAACCUGCCGUAUUAAAAUGGAUUAAGGAAAAUAUAUCCGAAUGGAGGAAUAGUAUUAUUGUCUCGCCGGAUGCCGGAGGUGCAAAGAGGGUCACGUCAAUUGCUGAUAGACUGAACGUCGAAUUUGCUUUGAUUCACAAAGAAAGAAAAAAAGCGAACGAGGUUGCGUCUAUGGUUCUCGUCGGCGAUGUUAAGGAUAGGGUUGCGAUCUUGGUAGACGAUAUGGCAGACACGUGUGGUACAAUCUGUCACGCUGCGGAAAAACUAAUGGAAGCCGGUGCCACCAAAGUUUACGCGAUAUUAACUCAUGGUAUCUUUUCUGGUCCCGCGAUUUCCCGGAUCAAUAACGCUUGUUUCGAAGCUGUUGUCGUAACAAACACGAUACCCCAAGACGAACAUAUGAAGCAAUGCUCUAAAAUACAGUGUAUAGAUGUAUCAAUGAUGUUUGCAGAAGCUGUAAGGCGAACACACAAUGGAGAAUCAGUAUCUUAUCUAUUUUCUAACGUUCCCUAUUAGACAUGUAGUAGAAAUAAUAAGUCUUUCAAUUUUAUUUCCUGUAAUUUUAAAACAAUCGCAAACAAGAUAGGGCGCAAUUUCUAUUUUCGAAUCUCUGAGUCCAAUAGGUCUACAAUUUUUAGUUUUUUUUUUUUUUAACGUAAAAGGUUGAUUUUAUUACAAUAUGUAUAUGUAGUAUACUUAAUGUGGCGCAACGAUUAAUUGAAAAACAUUUUUUUACAUCAACAAUGUUAAUAUUAUUCUUUUGUUAUAUACAUAGUUAAAAAAAAAAACGACUCAAAUAGAAUAUGUUUUAUUUAACGUUGUUUUUUCAACUGUUAAGAACAUUGUUUUAGUUUGGGAUGAACUUGUAGAGUUGUAAUUUCUUAAGAAGCCUGUCUGCAUUAUUAUGAUUUAUAUACAACGAUGACUAUAAUAAACAAAAUUCAAUAAUCGA